UGGUGAUACAUUCCUGUUUUCUGCAAUGAUAUUUACCUGUGUCAUCUUCAUUUAAAGAUGGAUCUCUGCCUUCCUGUGCAUUUGCUCUGCCAGUUUUUAUUUCACAAAAGGUCCAGAACUUGUUUCUCCUUCCCUUUGGUUUUUAUGCCACCACUUUGUGUCUGUGCAGUCCUUGGGUCUGUCUUCCUUUGCUGGACUUGCAUGGCUUCUUAAACCAACAUUGGGAUAGAUGUUUGUCACUUUACUAGUCAGAUGCAGUGCCCUUCUUUCAGUAGUGAUUAGCAGCCCUUCAUUUACCUGGCCUUCAGUACACAAUAUUUCAUAGUCCAUCUUUAAUAGUUUGAUAUCAUUCUUGUAGUUCUGGAGAUGUUCUGGAAAUAGUUCAGCCAAAUCUCCUCCCUGAAAUGAGAAACAUCUCAUUCUGUGGUGGUUGCCCUGACAACCACAGGCACGUUGCACAGACAGGUAAGAUGUAUGAGCUGCAGGAGAGCUUUACACCUCUAGAGUGGCAUCUGGAGGGGAGGGAGGCUGUCAUGUAUUUGUAGCACCACUUCAAAUGUCCCAGGUUUGAACAAGUUACAUCCGUAGCAUUGUACCAAGGUCACAAGUUAUGUAGCAUUUUCAAUCUUUUGAUUUAAGGAGUAGAUUUAUUGCAUGUGUACCUUAGUUUUAUGCAUUCAGAUAGAAACAGAUGAGAGACUUGUUCAGAAUCACAGUAAUAAAAUUGUACAACAUAUUUCCUCUUUUUGUCUUCUGUCUGCAGGUCCACCAAGAACAAAGGAACCACACCACGGAACCUGUGAUAGAUGACUAUAAGAAGAUGGGGACUCUGUUUGGAGAACUAAACAAAAGCCUUAUCAGAAUAGGCUUCACAAGGAUGUACUUUGGAGAACGGAUAGUAGAACCCGUGAUAAUUUUAUUCUUCUGGGUUAUGCUCUGGUUUCUUGGCCUACAAGCUCUUGGACUGGUGGCUGUUCUGUGCCUUGUCAUUAUUUAUGUACAACAGUAAAAUUUUAUAGAUACUAUUUGGAUUAUGUAUUUCUACACUGUCACUAUGUCAGUGGAUUUAUGUGUUUAAGUAAAUGGGUUGUAUAUCAAAAGCUGCAAUGCUUCAAAUUGCUGAACUUCCAAUGAGGACUAAAAUUACAUUUUAAACCAAAUCAGCACUGCCCUGCUACAUCUUUUAGGGGGAAGAAAGGAGAUGUUUGUAAUAUAAUGGUGUGAAAUGUACUGUUUUCUGUGCUUUUGGGGCCUUAGCCAAAGGAGUGGUUUUUCAUUUUCCACUCCCCUCUCCCCAUGUUCUUGCUUUGUAUAGUGAAAAUUUCAUGUCUGGUUUUAAGAGAACACGUGCUAUGAGUGCUCUGUUUCACUGCUGGGAGGGCUCAUGUGCUGUUUGUUCCCUGAAUUUGCAUAAUUUGUUUGUGUUUUGCUGAAAAGCUAAAUCUGCAUAAGGGAGGUUUGGUACCAAACCCGCAUUUGUAAGAUGAGUACAAUUUCCAGACACAAAAGCAACUUGGGGUAGUGUAGUUUAUAGUAAGCUCUUCCCCCAGGAAACAAGCUGUGCCAGUGAAAUGUCCUUAUACUAAUGUUAGUGACAUCACACAGGACUUCAGCUGUUGUUCAAGAAAAAUUGCAGUCUGCAUUGGCCAAGCGGUCUGGUGUAGCACUGCCUUGGUUUUUUGGAAAUAUACUCAGCUCCUGCUGCUAUUUUUCUUUCUUUAUUUUUUGUACUUGCUCUUUCCCCCAGCCCUCCUUCUUAAGAUAAAUAUUUGGAUAAUUCAUGGAGUUUGUAGGUAGUUCCAGCUGCAGUGUUGGACACUUGCCAUUCCAGACAAUGUGAAUGUUGUCUGCUUCCUCUGGGUGGUGUGACAAGUGGCUGAACAAGCAGUCAGCAGACCAGAUCUCUCAGUGCUUCCCACAUUUGCUGCAGUGUGGGCCCACACAAGCUAAAGCUUUGUGCACCUAAGCAAACUGGACCUGUUUCCUCAUGCAAGGCAAGAAUGGAGUUGAAACCAGGUAGUAUCCUUCUGAGGAGACAGGUCACCUCUCUGGAUCUUCAGAUGACUCUGCGUGUGGAUUCAGGAGGCUCUGCUGGACCAGCAGGACUGCAGGGCACUGGGACUGAGGCCCAGCUGUGUAGCUAGAUGGCAGCCUGUGUUGAUUGGCACUGGUUAAAUAGUUCUGCUGGUGGCAAGGAAACCUUGGACAGCAGGUAGAGGCUGAGCUCAGAGCCAGGAGCUCUGUACUCAAAAGUGCCUAGGGGUAAGCUUUGGGUUUGUUUCAAGUCCCCUAUAAGGAGAACAUCUGUUUACAUCUUUGCAGAUUUGUAUAAAUAGAAUGAUGGGGUUAUGUGUAUUCUCCUCCUGUAUAAGGGUUGUAUUACAAAAGCAUCCUGUUGUUAAAAGUUUAAAAACAUCCUUUCUUUCUUCCCACAAUCCAGUUACUGUACAGAGGAUCUCAUUUAAUUCCCUUCAUCCCAUAGGAAGAAGUGUUUCUGUGAUACCCUUGUUGCAGUAGUUCUGUUGUGUAAAGGUGCUGUGCUGUGAGAUAGCAUGUGGUAUUUUCUUGAAGUGGUGAUUGUGCUCUGUACAUAAGGAAGGGGGAACAGUGAGCCACGGGUGUGACCAACAGCUUCGUUUAUAUACAUGUGACCUUUCAGCAUGAGCAGAACUGUGACUGUUGCACUUGUGAAUUCAGUUCAGUUGUUUGUUCGAUGUUCAUGUUUGUGUACAUGUACUCUGGGGAAAGGUAGGGUAGCUUUGGGGCUGGUACUGGGUUUAGUGAAUGCCUUAGGUGGUUUCUCUUAAGGGUAACUAAUGGUCCUUUUUAGAAGUUUCGCGUUUUUAACCUGAAAAAACAGUGCUAGUGGUGUAAGGUUAGCUGAAAAUGAAAAAAGAGGAAUGCAUUGCAUGGUCAAUUCUCCUCUCCUGUUUGGUUUCAUACAUUCCCUUGUGUAUAACAGUUUAUACUGAAAUGUCUGUCCUAGUUUUGUGCUAUUGCUGUACUAUCUCCUUCUCAUUUGCAGGAAAGACAGGAGGAGCUAAGGAAAAAGGGGAACUGGGAUAGAAUCAGACAUAAAGAGUGGAAAGUGGAGUGGGGUGAAAUGAUGAAUAUAUGUGUCCAAAGAAAACUGAUCAUUAAUGUGUGCCAAAAGUGAGGGGGAAAUAGGUGAACAGUCCUUGCUUGUGUUUUUUUAUUCCAUCCAGACAUAGUAGGAAGGCAAAGGAAGCACCAAAUGUUCAAAAGAUGUCCCUAGUUAAAAAGGCAGGAGGUUAAUUUUUAAAAAGAAAAAAAAGGCAAUUUCACUGUUGUCUAUAUAGUAAAAAUUGUUAUUUAUGCUGUUAUUAUUAUUGAUAGAACUAAAAGCACCUGUGUGUAGGACUGUAUGAAAGAAUUAUGACCCUUAAAUCUGUGUUUAACAACAAACAAUAUAAUUCCUGUUGGUCAGUGUGACAUUGCAAACGCUUUACAUAACCUCCAUUUUUUAAGGGAUGGACUCUUCAGUGCUGCUUCACGACUGCCAGAUGCAUAAAUGGUUGCAGUAGUGUGUACAGAGGAGCUCUGCAGGAGAAUCUUGGAGAACUCUGUUUGCACUGAAACAUCAUCACAUCAAAACUGUCCAUAUAUAAAGGAAAAAUCUCACUUCUUAAAAAACUCUGUAUUGAAUGAAUCCUAUGGGAAGCACUUUGUUACUCUUUCUAAUAAAAAGUAUUUCCAUCAGUGAGAUCUGUGAA